CGCCGCCGCCGCGGCCGGUCCGAGGGCGCCGCGCCCUUGCCCUGGGCCGGGGCUGAGCCCGCCCGCAUCCCGGCCCGCGUCCCUGCGCUGCGCCGCCCGGCCGGGUGCAUGCAUUGUGGGCCUCCCGAUAUGGUCUGCGAGACGAAGAUCGUGGCCGCCGAGGACCAUGAGGCGCUGCCGGGGGCCAAGAAGGACGCGCUGCUCGCUGCCGCCGGCGCCAUGUGGCCCCCGCUGGCCGCUGCCCCUGGGCCGGCCGCCGCGCCCGCCGCACCCCCACCUGCACCCGGCCCCCAGCCCCACGGCGACGCGGGGGGCGCGGGGCCGCCGGAGGGGCGCGGCGUGUACAUCCGCGAGAUCCGCGCAGCUGAGCAGGAGGCGGCGCGCCGCAUCUUCUACGACGGCAUCAUGGAGCGCAUCCCCAACACGGCCUUCCGCGGCCUGCGGCAACACCCGCGCACGCAGCUCCUCUACGUCCUGCUGGCGGGGGGCUGGUGCAGCGUGCGGCCCUGCCCUGCCCUCCGGUCACCUGCGCCGCCUCUCCCUGCAGCGCUCUGCUUUGCCCUGACCCGCUCGCUGCUGCUGACCUGCCUGGUGCCAGCAGGGCUGCUGGGCCUGCGCUAUUACUACAGCCGGAAGGUGGUCCUCGCCUACCUGGACUGCGCGCUGCACACGGACAUGGCUGACAUCGAGCAGUACUACAUGAAGCCCCCCGGCUCCUGCUUCUGGGUGGCCGUUCUGGACGGCAACGUGGUGGGCAUCGUGGCGGCGCGGGCCCAUGCGGCGGACAACACCGUGGAGCUGCUGCGCAUGUCUGUGGACUCACGAUUCCGUGGCAAGGGCAUCGCCAAGGCGCUGGGCCGCAAGGUGCUGGAGUUCGCCCUGGUGCACAACUACUCCGCAGUGGUGCUGGGCACGACGGCCGUCAAGGUGGCCGCCCACAAGCUCUAUGAAUCGCUGGGCUUCAGACACAUGGGCUCGAGUGACCGCUACGUGAUGCCUGGCAUGACCCUCUCGCUGGCUGAGCGCCUCUUCUUCCAGGUCCGCUACCACCGCUACCGCCUGCAGCUGCGCGAGGAGUGACCGCCGCCCGCCCCCGCCACCCUGCCCGCCUGCCCGCCCGCCUGCCCGCCGCCCGGGCCGCUUUCAGACACUCACCUUGGUGUUUGUGUUGGGUUUUUCCUUUUCUGACACCACACGGUUCUCUGGCUGGUUUUUGGGGGGCGCGGGGGCUGUUGCUCAUCCUUGGCACUUGGGGAGGUGUGCUGUUCCCAGCCACACCCCUCGCCCUCCUCAGUCUGCUGGGGCCACACCCUGAAGAGUGACAGCGUGGACUACCGCGUGCCCACGCAGCUGCCUGGCCCUGGCUCAAGGCACCCCUCCCAGCCCUCCCCCAGGGAGGAGGGCCCAGCCUUGCCCACCAAGCACAGAGUCUCUGCAACAAGGUCCCCACCCAGCAGACCCCUGCCUACCAGCCAGGCGGCGGCUCAGCCAUCAGUCCCUGGAAGGCGUGGCCUGCUGCGCCAGCCGGCCAUGGCCCCGUGGAGCGCCGAGCUGGCCAAGGGCCUGCUUUGCUCUGCAUGCUGAGGAUGUGGCCUGGCUGCAGCAUGCCGCAUGCCUACGGCCUCCCGCCCCCCUGCCCUGCCCUGCCCAGACUGGACCCAGACUGGUGAGCACCCCUGGCCCCAGCCCAGCCUCUCUGGAGGCCCCGUUGUCCCCCUUGCCUCCCCCAGUUCAGCUUUGCUUUGACAUCGGAUCACCUCUUUCCUUUUGGUACCUGCCCCUCCCCUGCCCGGGCUUUGCUGAUUGGCGUCAUCACCCAGGUGUGGUUCCCAUAGCAACAUGUUGCACAGCCGUGGUGGGGCCCUUCAGGAGAGCAGGGUGGGGAGGCACUGGUGGGGUCGCUUCUCCCCCAGCGCCAGCGUGACCAUGGUGGCCUCUCCCAGAAUUCCCUGAGGACCUCCUGCCUCACUGCUGACGGGCUCUGUCCUGUGACUUACACACCCAGGCUGCUGCCUGCACCACCGAGCCCACAGCUUCUGCCAGCCUGAAGCCGACCUAUUUUUUUAAUAAGUUAUUUAGACAGAAUAGCACUCUGCAUGACUUUAAUUCUUGGGACAAAAUGGUAGUUGAUACCUUAACACACACACACAUACACAUACACACACACACACCUGUGUGGUCUAGAAUAUGCACUAUUUCUGGCCCAGUUUGGUGGGGGUGGGUGGCCGGGUGGGUGGAGGGUUUCAGAGUUUGGAAUCUGGAGGGAGACCCUGAUGUAAUAUAACUUCCCCCAAAGAGCAUUCCUGGCUUGUGAGGAGGCUCUGGGACCCCUGUCCAGCCUUGUUGCCCUACAGAAGCUUUGCGAGGGGUGAGUGGGUUCACUGUGGCUUGGGGUGGGGGCAGCUGUGCUCCCACCCUCUCAUUCCUGAGGUUGCAAGCAUGGGCUCUUGGGCAUGGGGGGCUCAGAGGAGGGAAAGGAAGGUCGUGAUUGGCAGUGCCAGCAUGUCCAGCUGUGUGCCUGGACCUGGCCUGGUGGCAGGAGGGCAUAAAGACCCCCUUACUCUGGGGGCUGGGAGAGGGGAAAGUGGAGGGCCAUGACUGAGCCCCACCUGCGGGGCCGUGGCGGGCGGCUCUGGAAGAGGCGCUUGGAAGGAAGCGGUGAGCGAAGCCAGCCCGGCUCCUUGCAGGGCCUCUUGUGCUGUCAGCAGCCGAGUGUCUGCAGAGCUUUGUACAGACCCCGCUCUCCCCUGUACAUUUCUCCCUGGUGGCGCCCGGUCCCUGCUUGGGGAUGGGAGUUUUGUAGACUGUACAGAAAUCGGCACCCUAUUUUCUUGCAGCUCUCAGAUUUUGUUAAUGUGGAUUAUACAGACAGACGUAAAGUGUUUUAGCAAAAUGGAAAACAAACAGUUGUGCCUUUUUCCUCUUUCUGUUUGGUUUGGUUUCGGCUUGGGGUGGCCUGAGUUGGGGCCGAGGCUGGUCUGAGUCCUGGCCGGCGGGGAAGCACAGGCAGGGCCCACGCGAGGUCUGCAUGGCGGGUCGUGUCUCGUCGGGGGCAGCCCUGGGACGCUGCCAGCUUUGAUCCUGUGCCUUUGGGCCUCCAGUCCCUGGUGUGGGGGCGCGAGGGUGGGGGCCGUUGGAGCCCACUGGGCCGGGUAGAGCCACGGGGCUGCCCACAUCUGCUGGCAUCAACCCAAGCGCCUUGCUGGUGUAGCUCCAGGCAGUGGUGUGGCCCCUCCCGUCCCGCUGGUGUCUGUUAGAGCUGCGUGCCCUUGGUUGGUGGCCCAGAGGGUGGUAGGCACUGGCUGGGCUCCCAACCUUUCCUAUGCCCUUUUGUUGCUGCCAAGAGAGAUUCCACGGGGCGUGUGGCAGGUUGGCCACAUGUCUGGAACUCUGCUGCCCAGCUGCUGCCUGCCCCCUCAGGUGGGCAGAGGCGCCUGUGUGCCUGCUGGGGGGGCUGGGUGCACGCUGAGCCCAGGGCAGGACCCUUGCCCGGCCAGCGUACGGCUCCUGGGCCCCAGGGACCCCUGGGGCAGAUCUCCCACCCUUCCUCCAGCCUGGGCACUGACUGCUCCACAAACAUGCACUGAGAUGUGAGGUUUUUACCUUUGUAGAGACUCUGAUGUUACUUCUACCUCUGUGAAGCAUCCUCCUGGGGUCCCGCCCAGCGACGUGUCCGGGCAGCUUCUCUGAGUUGGGCAGCCCUGGCCCCCCUCCCUGUCCCCGCUGGCCUCCGGGGCCUUCCCAGGCGGGAAGGCAGCACCUGUGCUCAGGGUCCGGGCUUCCAGGACUUCUGUUGUCUGUCUGGAGUGGAAGGUGGGCGGCAGAGCGCUCAGGCUGUCUUCGCUAGAUGAGCUUGGAAAACAAACCCCAGGGGCACUUCCGGGUGGGGGACCCAAGGCAGCCAAGGGCUGCGGCACCUCAGGUGGCUCGCUGCCACCAGGCCCUACCGCACGGCGGGCGGGCGGCCCCUAGGGUGGCUGCCGCUGCCUGGCGAUGGGCUCUUCAGACAGCUGGCCCCGAAGGUGGGCGUCCAGGGCGGGCAGUGUGCUUGUGCUGGGGCCAGCCAUGUGGUCCGGCUCCGGGACAGUGGAGACCGCGCCUCCCACCUUCUGCCUCCACUGAUGUCCAGCCUGGCGUCCCACCGCUGCCCUUGGGGAGGGGUGGGGAGAGAGGUCUAGCCCGCCCUGUGGGCCGAAGGCUUGGGCUGGAGGCCAUGUAGGCAACUGGCCUGAGGCUGCGUGGUCCUUGGGCGACCCCUAGCUUGCUGGGGGUGUCUUCUCAGAGACACCCUUGGAGGGGGUGGCGUGGGAGGCUCUCUGGGCCAUAGGGCCUGGCUCUGGCCUCUGGGAGGCAUGCUGGCUGUGUGGGCACCGGCCUCUGCCUGCCCUAGGGCCUGGCCCGAGCCCGGGAGCCUGCUGCCUCUCCCUGGCCGUGUCCUGCGUGUCACCGGCUGCUCCUGUGUCUGUCUGAAGCCGCUUCUGUGAAUCAUUUUGGCCAUGGGCCCAUGUUCCUGUGCCAGUGGCCUCUGGCCGAGGCUUUCGGAGUUUGAGUUCUGGGUUGGGUGUGGGCUGAUCGGGGACUGGGGACUACGUUUGCCUCCUGGUACCGACGACAUGCUCCAGUGGUGGCCUGAGGCCCACUGAGGGGUGGGCAGCCCAGGGCCCGGGGUGGAGGAGGGCGAGCCCCCGCCUGCCGUUGUUGGGUGUGUUCUUUUAACAGCAAUAAUUCGCCAUUUUGGAGAAGGGGCAUACCUGUGAGUGUGUGUGCGUGUGCGUGUGUGCAGGGAGGGAGCCUGGUGGCCGAGGCCACUGCUCCAGCCUGGGAAGGGGAGGCCAGGAGGUGCUUGGUGGGGACGGGCUGGCCCUGAGGCCUCGUCCACUCCUCUUCUCCCGGCAGACCUGGAACCGCCUGCUCCUUCCUCCCUGGCUGAGAGUGCUGGGCAGGCCUGUGUGAAGGGGGGACGACCGGGAUGAGCCUUCACCUGGGUCUUGGUGUGUGGGGAGGGUGGCAAGGGCAGCGACACUCAGCCAGAUGGGCCGAGAUCAGAUGUGGGGACCAGAGUCACCACGGCCAGGCUGUUUGACCGCAGCUGCUGUGGGUGCUGUGUCCUUGGGCUGGGGGAGCCCAGGCCAUGUCAUGGUGGCUGGAUUCACUUCCUAUGGGGUACUGCGAGCCAGGGCUGGUGACUCCUGAGACUCCAGGGUGUGUCAGGACAGCCCCCGCCAGGGCGCGGGGGGCGGCGAACUGUGUCCCAGAGGAGACCAGCCGUGGGGCUGGGGCCAGGGCCGGGGGCGGGCCCAGGCUGCUGCGUGUGCGCCACGGGAGGUGCUGGGGGCGGGGUCCCUCUGCCUGCCCAGCCCUCCCCCCCCAUGCUGCUGUUUU